CCCAACCACUAAUUUGCUCUCUGCUUUCUCCUGAGCAGCUGAACACUGUUAGAGUAAAUCACACAAUGCCUCAUUAUCCCAACUGUGAUAUGUGCUACAACAGCACAUAACAGGAGGACCUAACCUGGUUUUCAAGUAGGGUCAAGGAUUUUCCAAAUUAUUUUUGAACUUUUUAAGGAAACAAUGACAUUGACAACUGAGAGAUAAGCCCUAAAAUAAGUUGAGUGUGCCAGUCAAGGUACAAAAUAUCAGCAGGGUACAGGGUGGGCAUUUGAUAUUUCCCUGCAACUGAAACAGUGUAACUGGAUGGAGCAGAGUAAAAAAAAAAGAUAGUUUGGGAAACAAGCGCAUAAGACAUGAAUCCCUGCUAUAAGGGUGCUAUUUAGUAUAGGAGGUCAGAUUUGGAAAUAAUACAGCAACACUAACAACUGAUGCUGUAAGAAAUAUAUGUCACUGUCUGGGAAGGGUCUGGUAUUGAAACCUAUUUUAAAGUUAAUAAGAUAGCCUGUUAACUGUUUUAUGGCAGUAAACUUGGAUUCCUGGGUGACAAAGAACUUUGUAAUUUAUGGCAAAAGCAGAAGCCAGAACUUCAUGUUUAUGCAUAUUCCAUGUUCCCCAAGUCCCACCAGGAUGGUGAAGAUGGGCCUCCAUGGAUGUCUGCACAUGCAGUCAGUGGGUUACGUUAUAGGAGAGGAACACUGAGUUUGGGGGAUUCACUACUUUUGUAGUUAAGUGGAAGCAAGCCUACUCUUUGGGAAGAAUACUUCAGCUAUGAAACUGAUCAUCCCAAACAACCCUGAAAAAUGAUCUAGGUAAAGAGCAGUUAGGACCUUACGUUCUUGGCAAACCCAGAAUUUGCAGGUCCCAUGACAAAUGACCCCUCCCAAGAGUAUGGUGGGUUCGUGGGAUGGAGUUUGGAGGAGUCUGGAUAAAUUAUUCUUUAGGGCUUGAAGAAAGGCAUCACUGAGGAAGUGAUGUUUAAGCUGUAUUUUCAUCAAGCAGGCAUGGAGAAAGAAGGGUAUUUCAGCCUAAGCCCAGCCAAAACGGGUGUGGAAACAUGAUAAGGACUUUGUAUGCUCAGAACUCUUACUAGCCUCUCAUGACUAGAGUUUACUGUAUCAGGUGUGGGAAAUGUGGAAGAUGGGUGGGGGAGCAGUGGCCUGCUGUGAGAGAUCAGGUUAGAAAGAAAAUGAACUCUCUUGUUUACCUUGCUGAAGAGUCUGAAUGUUAUGCAGGCAACGAGGGAUCAUUGAAGCUUAUUCUCAUAGCAGAAGAAUGCUAUGACUGAUCUGGUAUAUGUUUUAGAAUGAUCACCCUGGAUUCUCAGGUAAAAAUGCUGUCUUAAACAUAGUGUUCUACAUUUGCUCCCUAAGACUCCCUGAAAAUGACAGUAACAGGAUUUUUAAAGUCAUACACCCUUAAGGGUUAAAGAAAAGGAAUAAUGGAAAUGAAAUUCUAGAAUCAAUAGCAAAGGGCUCAGUUGACUUGAAAAAGCUGAAUUCCAAACCCCCAGUGAGCAAAACCAACAAGCAAUUCUAUUUGUAUCACAGAACCCCCUAAAAAGCUCAGAAACUGGCUUCAGGAAGUAGAAGUGAAGAGGGUACCUAAAAGGACUGGAAGUUCAUUUAGGAGAGUGUUAUAUCCUUUAUGCCACCCCCCGUCCCCGCCUUAUUCUGAAGGCUUUUUUUUUAAUUGUUCAGGAGUAAAACGGGGUCUCUGUAAUGGAGGACAUGAGGCACCUAAAACAAAGAGAAUUAAGUGAAAAUUGUACUAAAUUCUGAGACAUAACCCAGCCUCCAUACCCCUCCUCUCCCACUUGAUUUUCAACAAACGUCCCAUGGGCUCAACAGCUUCCAAUCAACUUUUAAAUAUACCCCCACUUACAUAUGAGCAGAUAAGGACCACCAGACAUCCCAGGAAAGCCUCUAAUAUGAAAGAUAGAGCACGAAAUCAACAGAAGAAAGAAAAAGGAAACUUGAGGGAAAUAGAUAAUGCAAGGGAAGAAAAGCUUUAAAAAAGAUAUUAAUAUCAGAGAGUUGGAUGAUGAUACUGGAAUAAUAAAACAGAUCAUUUUGGCAGCAAUUUAGAGUCACUCAGAGGCAAACAAAACAAAACGUUUUAGGAAAAAGCUGACCAAGAAGACCUGAACUAUAAAGUAGCAGUAAUGGCGAUGAACAUGACACAAAAAACGCAGGUUCUAGGGCCCUCACUAGAAAACUAGGGGAUGAACGUCUGGGGAUGGAGUCCAGGAAUUUGGAAUCUAAAACAUCACCACUAAUGGCGAUGAACAUGACACAAAAAACGCAGGUUCUAGGGCCCUCACUAGAAAACUAGGGGAUGAACGUCUGGGGAUGGAGUCCAGGAAUUUGGAAUCUAAAACAUCACCACUGGCAAUUCUGAUGUAGCCAGCUGGGUGCUGGCCUCAAGACUGAGAACUAGAGGACAUAGGGUCUAAUCGGAUGUAAGAGGGUAAGAAAGUGGUAAGGUUGUUAACUGGCUGGCUGGGUGGAUGACGGUGUCAUCCCAACAUAGAAACAUAGACAAGAUACACUUUUGCCCACUUCCAAUCUAAAUACAUAAAUGAGGCUGUGUUAGUUUGAGUAGUCCAUGGUACAUCUUGGAAAAGUAUAGUUGGCAUGUGGGGAUAUUUUUUGCUUAGAUUAGUACCACAGUUUUCUUGUCACCAACAAGUACGGCUGCGAGAGCGUCCUAUGCUUUUUUCUCACGUACUGUUUUGAUGCAGAGCUGUCUUCGCAGUCCCUCCCCCGGCUAAAACCCCCCAAACAAAAAAAUCCCAUUACUCUGCCACCAAACAGUAGCUUUAAAACACCACUAUUAUUGCCCUUGACGCUUACUGUAAUAAUUGACAUGUCUCCAACUGUAACAAUUCCCUUGGAAACAGAAACUUCUAUUCAGGCAUAUAGUUUACAAAACUCCACCUCGGACCUGCUUUAAUUUCUUUACAGGUCCUAGUAAAUGCUCCUGUCAAAUUCCUUAGUUACGUUUCAAUCUGCUUCCCAAUUAAAAUGUCAGCAUCAUGACGACAGGAACGUCGUUUGCAGGCGUCACUGCUGCAGCCAUAUCUCCAGCACGUUUCCAGAAAAUGUCAUUGGUUGAAAGCAAUAACUCUCCUAUUUCACAAUGAUUUCAUCUCUCUUCACAUCAACCCUAGGUGAUGUUUUUAUUCUCACCUUAUGAACGAGAAUACUGCGGCUCAAAAUUCAACAGUCUUGCCCAGAGUUUCUUGGCAAGUACGAAAGUGUUAUGGCUCCAAACUGGUCAGCUGCAGAGUCCUUGCAAACCCUGUCCGAGACCAUGCGCGACCCCAAGGAGCGCCUGAGCAGAUAACCAAAAGUGAAAAAGCCCUCAAAACUCUUCACUCAAGUUAGCGCCUCGGCUUCAGGAGAGGCAGCGACAGCUCCACGCAGCCUGCCCGGGGUCGCUCGCACUGACGUCACGUAGCGACGCGGAAGAUUUACGUAUGGGGCCUCGCUCUGGGAUAGCUUUACGGCUUCGGGGAGCUGCUGCUUCGCUGUGACAAGUAUCCGCGACGAGCUAUCCGGGAAAGGUCCGAGUGCGAUCAAACCUAAUCCGCGAGACUUGCUAAGUCUCAAACAUUUGGGCAUUAAUAAGUGUAGUAUUCUCUACUGCAGAGAAUGUUAUUUGUGAUUCAAUGAAUGAAAAUGAAAACCUGAGACAACAAGAAUGGAUUUUACCUUAAAUCUCUGUAGCAACCAUUGGGAAAAUGGAAAGAAACAUCUUAAUUAUCGUAUAGAUGUGGUUCUGUGCUACAAAUUGAUGUUUAGAUAAACUUCAGUGAAAUGACUCUUCAGGAAUUGGUGCAUAAGGCUGCCUCUUGUUAUAUGGACAGAGUAGCUGUGUGUUUUGAUGAAUGCAACAACCAGCUUCCAGUUUACUACACCUACAAGACUGUGGUUAAUGCUGCUUCUGAAUUAUCAAAUUUUCUGCUGUUACACUGUGACUUUCAAGGAAUUCGGGAAAUUGGUCUCUACUGCCAACCUGGGAUAGACUUACCCUCUUGGAUUUUAGGAAUUCUCCAAGUCCCAGCUGCUUAUGUACCUAUCGAGCCAGAUUCACCACCGUCAUUAUCAACUUAUUUUAUGAAAAAAUGUAAUCUGAAGUAUAUCCUUGUUGAAAAAAAACAAAUUAAUAAAUUUAAGUCUUUUCAUGAAACGUUAUUGAACCAUGAUACAUUUACAGUGGAACAUAAUGACCUAGUGCUCUUCAGACUUCACUGGAAAAAUACUGAGGUGAACUUGAUGCUAAAUGAUGGAAAAGAGAAAUACGAAAAAGAAAAAAUAAAAAUCAGCAUAAGUUCUGAGCAUGUCAAUGAAGAAAAAGCAGAAGAACACAUGGAUCUGAGGCUAAAGCAUUGCUUAGCCUAUGUUCUACAUACAUCAGGGACUACAGGGAUACCGAAGAUUGUCAGAGUGCCUCAUAAGUGUAUAGUACCAAAUAUCCAGCAUUUUCGGGUACUUUUUGACAUCACACAAGAAGAUGUUUUGUUUCUGGCUUCACCUCUGACCUUUGAUCCUUCUGUUGUGGAAAUAUUUCUUGCUCUAUCAAGUGGUGCCUCUCUGCUUAUUGUACCAACUUCCGUCAAGUUGCUCCCUUCAAAAUUAGCCGGCAUUCUCUUUUCCCAUCAUAGAGUGACUGUUUUGCAGGCAACACCAACACUGCUUAGAAGAUUUGGGUCUCAGCUUAUCAAGUCAACUGUUCUGUCAGCCACUACGUCUCUUCGAGUAUUAGCCCUUGGUGGUGAAGCGUUUCCAUCAUUGACAGUUCUCAGAAGCUGGAGAGGAGAAGGCAAUAAAACACAAAUAUUUAAUGUUUAUGGUAUCACAGAGGUAUCAAGUUGGGCGACCAUUUAUAGGAUUCCAGAGAAGACUCUUAACUCUACUCUCAAAUGUGAAUUGCCUGUACAACUGGGAUUUCCACUUCUUGGAACAGUAGUUGAAGUCAGAGAUACUAAUGGCUUCACAAUUCAGGAAGGCAGUGGCCAAGUAUUUUUAGGUGGCAGAAACAGAGUGUGUUUUCUUGAUGAUGAAGUGACAGUACCACUUGGCACAAUGCGAGCUACAGGAGACUUUGUGACUGUGAAAGAUGGAGAGAUUUUUUUUUUGGGACGAAAAGACAGUCAGAUCAAACGUCAUGGCAAACGUCUUAACAUUGAACUUGUGCAACAGGUUGCUGAAGAGCUUCAGCAAGUGGAGUCUUGUGCCGUUACAUGGUAUAAUCAGGAAAAAUUAAUUCUCUUCAUGGUGUCUAAAGAUGCUUCAGUAAAAGAAUACAUCUUUAAAGAACUGCAGAAAUAUCUUCCAAGUCAUGCAGUCCCAGAUGAGCUUGUAUUGAUCGAUUCUCUACCAUUUACAUCCCACGGCAAAAUUGAUGUUUCUGAGUUAAACAAGAUAUAUUUAAACUACAUAAACUUGAAGUCUGAGAAUAAGCUCAGUGGGAAAGAGGACCUUUGGGAAAAAUUACAGUAUUUGUGGAAGUCUACUCUGAAUCUCCCAGAAGAUCUUUUGAGGGUUCCUGAUGAGUCACUCUUCUUAAAUAGUGGUGGAGAUUCCUUAAAGUCCAUCCGGCUCCUCAGUGAGAUUGAAAAACUUGUUGGUACAUCAGUACCUGGGCUUCUGGAAAUUAUUCUCAGCAGUUCCAUUUUAGAGAUUUAUAGUCACAUCCUUCAAACAGUGUUUCCAGAUGAAGAUGUGACAUUCAGGAAGACUUGUGCCACAAAAAGGAAACUCAGCGACAUUAAUCAGGAGGAAGCCAGUGGAACAUCUUUACAUCAGAAAGCCAUCAUGACUUUCAGUUGUCACAAUGAGAUUAAUGCUUUUGUUGUACUGAGCAGAGGGAGUCAAAUUUUGUCUCUGAAUACCACUAGGUUUUUAACAAAGUUAGGACAUUGCUCUUCAGCCUGUCCUUCUGAUUCAGUUUCACAGACCAACAUUCAAAAUUUGAAAGGUUUAAAUUCUCCAGUUCUUAUUGGGAAGUCAAAAGAUCCAUCCUGUGUUGCAAAAGUUUCUGAAGAGGGGAAACCUGCGAUGGGGACUCAGAAAAUGGAGUUACAUGUGAGGUGGAGGUCAGACACAGGCAAAUGCGUAGAUGCUUCACCGCUGGUUGUAAUACCCACUUUUGAUAAGUCAUCUACAACUGUGUACAUUGGUUCCCAUUCUCAUAGAAUGAAGGCAGUUGACUUUUACUCUGGGAAGGUGAAAUGGGAACAGAUUUUGGGAGAUCGAAUUGAAUCCUCAGCAUGUGUAUCUAAGUGUGGAAACUUUAUUGUGGUGGGCUGUUAUAAUGGAUUAGUUUAUGUUCUGAAAAGUAAUAGUGGAGAAAAAUACUGGAUGUUUACUACUGAAGAUGCUGUCAAAAGCUCGGCAACCGUGGAUCCAACCACAGGACUCAUUUACAUUGGAUCUCAUGACCAGCACGCAUAUGCUUUAGAUAUUUAUAGAAAGAAGUGUGUUUGGAAGUCAAAAUGUGGAGGAACUGUCUUUUCCUCUCCGUGUUUGAACCUGAUUCCACAUCAUUUGUAUUUUGCUACAUUGGGAGGACUUUUACUGGCUGUAAAUCCUGCUACUGGGAACGUUAUUUGGAAACAUUCCUGUGGAAAACCACUCUUCUCCUCCCCACGAUGCUGCUCACAGUAUAUUUGUAUUGGCUGUGUAGAUGGGAAUUUACUCUGCUUUACUCACUUUGGAGAACAGGAUCUGGCCCUUUAAGUCAGUAUGUCUGAUGUGUGGCCAUAAGCUGCAAUUCUCACGUGCUCUCAGCUGCUACUUCUGCUGCUGCUGCUGGUGAGUAGCCCAUGCUGUGAGGUGGCUGUACAAUCCUUUUGUCUGAGACCCAGACCAUUCAAUUCCAAUUUAGGAUUGAGACAAACAUUUUAUUUGCCCCCGUUCAUUAUUUUUCUCUAAAAAUACCUAGUAAAAAAAUGUAAUAAAACACCUUGAAGUUGUUCUUGUUCAAAAAAAGUUAUGUAAAUAUAAUGAGAUUGUUUUGUAGUUGGUCAUCGAAAUCAAAAUCCAUCAGUGCCAAAGAUCUCGUGGGUAUUUUUUAUUGAAAGAUCUUUUCCCUUCAAUAAUGGACAUUUUACAUUAAAACUUUAUACAACCAAAAUAUCCAAAUUAUAUUAAAAUCACACUAAGGUAUUUUCAUUAAGUCUCUACUUAACUUUACUGUUGGUAAAAAUAUUGUAAGACACUUGUAACUAAUGUUUCUGCUUUAAAAUAAGCAAUUAAACUAAACGUCACAAGAAGAGACAAUACAUACUAUACAUUUGCAGAUAACUGGCUAAAUGAUAAUUUAAUAGUAAUUAAUAAUGUCUGUGUAAGAAACAAUUGCACUUGAAAAAUUAAAAAAGUAAACAAAAAACCCUCUAGUUUUAUAUAUGUCUAUGAACAGAGGUUAAUCAUCUAUAACCUUGCCAGGAGAAGUGUAUGUUUGUUUAAAUAAUAAAAAAAAAGCUUGCAUUUAACAAUCAUUCGUUACAAAAAAAAAAGUCUUGAACUUUUUAUAUGUAUGUUUUUACAGAAUUUCCCCAUAGUUUGUUGCUCAGAAGACUACAACACAACUAAAGCAAAAUAACACUUCAUUGGUAUUUAGUGCAAAUUUGGGGUGAUUUUGAAAUGAAAUGUUAAACAUGUACCCUUUAGAAGCUGUUUGUUAUAAGUAAGUACUGUGACUGCCCUUUCUUCAGUAUACUCUUCUUUUAAAGACUUUGAUGGAAAAAUUUUAACGGAGGUAUUUCGCCUACUUUGGGCACAGUGAUAUCCCAGCCAAUACAAAGUUGACACAUCUACAAUUUUUUGUAACUGAUCUUAUUUCCCUACCUGUUCCCUGCCAUAAUUGGGAUAUUGUCCAAAGCUGACUGACAGGAUGAAAGAAAAAGUCAAUUCAGAAGAAUUACUGUAGCAUUAUCAUUCCAGGGCUGUAGGUGGAAAGAUUCCCAUUAAAAAGUGUUAUAUUAGUGAGGAAAUCAUUGGAACUAACAAAUGCCUACACAUAAGAUUUAGAAAUGAACAUUAGUAUGGAAGACGUGCAGUGAAAUACUAAUUGCUUGCCAUAGCAAUAAAAAUAGGUUACAUUGAUUUUUAACAGUCUGAAGGUCCAGUAUAUAUGAUAUUAAAUCCAACUUGCAAGAGUACAACUAUCCACUUAACCACACAUGCCAGCUGCUACAGUGAGGCUGAGCCAUUGUUUCUAGAAAGAAAAUGGUUUCUACAUGGUAAAUAACUUUGCCAUCAUCCUUUAUUUAAGGUACAUGGUAGAAUAACAGCACAUUGCAUAUUGAGUGAGCAUAAAGGAAAGUAAUGAUGGAUACUUAAUAAAGCAUGUUUUUGUAGGAGAGGAAAAAGGAUGUAAUUCCCUCUGCACAGAGCAAAGGACGUGUACCUAUAUUUUGGAGUAAGAAUCUAAGAAAAGGGGAAUAUGCCAACACUAUGAAAUAUAAGGUUAGCACCAGCAAUAUGUGAGUUUGCCAGUAUGUCUAUGUUUCAUGUAAAGUAAAUUUAGGGAAAUAAAAGUGAAUAUAUGUGGAUUUUAAA